AUGGGACUUGGCCCGCUGGCUUCGGACCUUCCAGACAGACCAUGCAACUCGCAGGCCAUUUUCUUGUCAAGCAGUACUGCCGCUGCCUGCUCAAGCUCUUUGCACACGGCCACGAUGCCUAAAGAGGACCGACUGCGUGGCUGGGGUGCUCCCUGCACUGAAGACUUCUGGGUGCCGGCCGCCAACAAGCCUCCGACUAUUCCGAAUCAGCCCAUGCAAAUGCAGUCGCGACAAGUGGCUUUGCAAGAUGAGCCAAACCAGGUGCUCGCAAAAGCAAGGCAACGGCGCCGUCGCCGAGAUUCCACAGCCCAGGUCGUGAUAGCUCCACGAAGAGUACUGGUAGCCGGCCCUAAGCUCAAGCAGAACCGGAAGCCUUUGCGCCGGGUAGCCUGGGCUUCCUGGAGAAAAGUUGCUUGCCUUGCGUGA